AUGCUCUUCAAUGAGAUCGAUGAAGUGCCAUUUCACCGAAUUUGCAUGGCCAUGAGGCUUAGUGAGGAAGACGGCAAACAACAGGUGCUGUCUUUGAAGAUGCUUGUCAACGAGAGGAUGGAGGAGGUCUGGCAGAAGGGGCGGCAAGUGCUGACUCAGGUGCAGCAGAAGCAGCAGAGCAAGACGGACCAGCUCGUUUCGGAGCUCCGCCAGUUGAAGGAGCGACAGGAAGCACUGCAGACGGAGCAUGAGUCCUUGAAGCAGAUGCUGGUGCUCGCGGCCUCCCAGCUGGCACUGCUGGGCAUGGGCGUCCCCGACGGCAAGCUCUCGCAAGGCCUCUCGACCCCCACCACCGUGGGCACGGACUCCGUGCAUGAGAUCACGCCCCAGCGGUCCGAUCCGCUCAACGCAGAGGCCGGCUACUCGCCACUACCGGAGGUUCCCACCUUUCCAUUCGCGACCGCGGCCGGUGCCCCCCUGUCCCUAGCGAAGGUGCUGAGCUCCUCCCACACGCCGGAGUUUGGCCCUGGCGCAGAUGCGGCGCCCAGGCUUCCCGCCCCGCUGUCCUUGGCGACGUCCCUCUCGGUCAACGAGGCGCCUUACAGCGCCCGGGCACAGACCCCAUCGGUCUUCUCCCUGACCCUCCGGAAAGCAGAUGACACUGAGUUGGGCCUCAGUGUGGAGCCGGUAGAGAGCCAGAAGGUGCUCCUCGUGAAAGGGAUCAACGCAGAUGGAGCCGUUGAGGCGUUCAACAGGCAGUGCGGAGACCUCAACCCGGAGCGCAUGGUGCUUCCCGGCGACCGCAUCAUCAGCGUCAACAGCGUGUCCUACGAUCCGGACAAGAUGCUGGAUGAGUGUAGGGAAAAGCAGCUGAUCAAGCUCACCCUUGCACGGGGCGACGGACCUCUCCCGGAGAAUCCUGCUGCCAGCACGGGCCGCAUGUCCGGCUUGAGAGCGGCGGCCACAGAGUUCGUCCCGAAGACGAGCCAGGAGCCUCCGCUCCCCGAAGUCCUCAGAAGUCCUCCCAAGAUGGCGGGGUGGCCAUGGGCGGUGCUCCUCGCGGCCCUGCCAGCAGGCAGCGCAGCGGCGGCGUGCUACAGCAGCGGCGACAUCUUCAUGCAGGAGAACUUCCCCUUCUGCCAGGAGUUGCAGCCGGGGCUGCUGAUGUAUUUCGGCCCGAGCGCAGAUGGCGACUACAUGAAGCUGGGUAUGUAUGCCGAGAAUCACACCGGGUGGAGCGCCCUCGGCAUCGGCGGCAACGGUGGCAUGAAGGGUGCCCAGCAGAUCGUGGUGCGCAAGGUGGAGGACGAGUUUGUGGCAGAGGAGCGCUAUUCCACUGACUACACGAUGCCGCUGCUCCAGGAAACUCAGGAGGUGCUGCUCUUCUUUGCCUCCGAGGCCGGCGGCCAUACCAGCUGGGGGGUCCUGCUCCCUGCACGCUCCUGCAAAGCGGGCGAGAGGUACGCCAUGGAAGAUGUGGGCAUGUUCAUGCACUGGGCCUUGGGCGAUACCCACAGCUUUGGCUACCACACGCAGCGAGGGCAGUUCCACACAAACCUUGUGGCAGGACCGCCUGCGCCGCCGCCGGACAUGAGCACCUACGACGCAGCCGAGCUCACCAUGCCCAACGUCGCCGUGGUUCUGGGUGACGGCGGGGCCGAUCGGAAGAACCCCUACAUCUGUAGCAUGUUCGACCUGAUGGAAGUCCUGCCAAGCAGCCGUAAUUUCUCCGACAAGCAUCACGCGGCUAUGUUCUCUCCUGUGCUGGACUCUGCUUCUCGGCAGUAUGUCCACCACAUGAUCCUCUACGAGUGCUCCGAUCAGGCCGCUGCCGACAACAACUUCACGCAUCACCAGGUCAUCGGCAACUGCGAGCGCAUGCUCCGAGGAUGCCAAACCACGAAGUGGCCCUGGGCCGUGGGAGGCGAGGACUUGGUGCUGCCGGAGAACGUGGGGAUACCCCUUGGCAACGGCGCUCGCUGGUAUGCCCUGCAGGUGCACUACUACAACCCCAACCUGGACUCAGGAGUGCGAGACAGCAGCGGAGUGCGACUCUCCUUGGCCCCGAGCCUCCGCACCCACGAUGCCGAGACCUUUGGCCUCGUGGGUGGGGCAAGCCCCAUGCAGCGCGAGCCGCUGCCUCCGGGAGUGGCCAACAUCAGCAUCCCCAGCGCCGUCCUGCCAGCCGAGUGCACCAACCAAUGGCCUGUGGAGGAGAUCACAGUGCUCGGGGUGAUGCACCACGCGCACCUCGUGGGCAAGGAGCUGAGCGUCCAUGUCACCCGCAACGGCGAGUAUGUCGGAGAAAUGCGCCGCGAGAAGAUCUACGACUUCAACCACCAGUCUCUGGAGGGCUCCUCGGUGAAGAAGCUGAAGAGGGGCGACGAGCUCACCCUGACGUGCAGCUACGACACCUCCGGCAGGACGGAGCCCACAAACUUCGGCGACUUCACGCAGGAUGAGAUGUGCUUGGCCUACUUCCUCCACUACCCGGCGCUUACCUCACGUCGGCUGAUGUUUCUGCGUGCGAACGGCGACACCCGCAUCUCACUCUGCCCGAGCCCGCAAAUGUUGAGCGGGCAAAACGCGUUCGAGCUGACCCAGAACCCCCUGCAGCUCCUGUCCCUGGCCGUGACGUCCACGGCCCCCGCCCUGAACCCCCCAGCCUGCGAGAGCCAUGGUGACUUGGCGUCUGCAGCAGCUGUGGACGUGCUGCGCGCCAUGACGGGCGUGGAUGUAUCCCGCUUCACCACCGACACUUCCGCGGCGAGCUCCGCAGCUGCUCUGAUGGCUCUUGCUGCAGCAGCUUGGAGGUUCAUGUGGUAA